UUGGGCUGAGCUGAGCGCUUUAAUUGCAGCAGCAGCAGGAGCAGCAGUCGCUACUACAGGAAGGCGGCUGCACCGGUUGCGAGAGGCUGCGGCAGAUCAGUCGCUCGGGGCUGCGCUAGACUGAAGGCACUCUCCAAGGUGCUGAAGUGUCUGCCCGGCCACAUUGUAGGCGGAACAACGGCGGCAGCGCUUUCUCCAUCAUGCAACAAAGAAUCAGCCGACAGACUGAAGCUGAAGCCGCCUUUUCUACCUUUUCUUCGCUCUGGCACUGGGUAACUUUUGGCUGCAGUACUCAGUCUUCAGAAGAAAUCCCCAAGGGCAGGAGGUAAUCCCAGAGAGCCAGGGAAGACGGCCGAGAAGCUGCAAUGGCAACACUUACUGUGAGUUGUCACAUUAGAGGGCAACGUGGAUGGACAUUUUAGGACAAUUUACAGUGAGAUCUCUGCGCUCGUAAAAACCAUAAAAAAACGUUCAGUCGAUUUUAAAUGAACCAUCAGCGACGAAGAGUUAACGGCAGCGCUGUUUAAUUGAAUUAAGGUGGUUUCAAAGAAUCUACCCAAGCAAUCACGAGGCGACGCCACCUGGGAGCACGUAAAGGAGAUGAGAUGCAGCCGGGCAUGACAAAUACAUUUAUGCAUGCAUGGGAUACAAGUGCUCCGUAGUAAGAAGCCUGACUCAUGCCAUUCUGCUAAUUCAAAGAGAAACAAUCAAUGACAAGGCUCUUCUGAUGCUUCACCAAGAAACAACUGAGCUACAGAUUCCGGAGAGACUCCAGUGCUGAGUUGCAGGUUUACUUCUAUCCCUAACCCAACCCGUGACAGUAGCUUGAAUUUGCCCAUGUGACAGUUUUCAAACCAAAAAUGAGAAGUGGAAUGGAACGAGGAGCUGCUCUCUGAAGCAAGUUGGCAGAAGAAAGUGCAUCGCACUCCAGGCGUGAUAUCCUUAUGAAUUGUGAUCCGAUGCCUUUCUAUCCAAUGAGGCGUUGGUUGCUCUCAGCCUUCCCCGUGGUGUUGAAAUUUGGAUGAUGCCUGGAAGGAGAACUAAAACUUGCUGCUGCUUGCUGCCAAUGAAUGAAGACAACGGACGUUUUUUACUCCUUGCAGUUUUCAUUAUUCUCUAUCUCAUUGCUGGGGCCACUGUGUUUUCCACCAUAGAGAGACCCUCAGAAGCUCUGGCCCAUAACCGCUGGAAUACAAUACUGAGGAACUUUAGCCAUACCUUUAACAUCAGCAUCCUCGAGCUUCGCACCUUCUUGAAAGACUAUGAGACAGCGAUGGCUGCAGGGAUCAGGGCGGACGCCCUGAGACCCAGGUGGGACUUCACUGGAUCGUUUUACUUUGUCGGGACGGUGGUGUCAACUAUUGGCUUUGGAAUGACCACACCAGCGACUAUUGCGGGGAAAGUGUUCCUCAUCUUUUACGGCCUCUUUGGAUGUGCUGGAACCAUAUUGUUCUUCAACCUUUUUUUGGAGCGUUUAAUAUCUCUUCUUGCUUUUGUUAUGAAAGCUUGUCAUGAAAGGCGACUGCGAAGAAAUGGACUUCUACCUCCUACUGUUCGAAGGGGAUCGUCCGUUUCGGAGGUGGACAGCCUCGUUGGUUGGAAGCCUUCAGUCUAUCAUGUCAUGCUCAUCUUGGGUAUAUUUGCUAUAACUCUUUCUUGCUGUGCAUCAGCCAUGUAUACUCCUGUGGAAGGAUGGAACUACAUCGACUCCUUGUAUUACUGUUUUGUGACAUUUAGCACAAUUGGCUUUGGAGAUUUGGUAAGCAGCCAAAAUGCAGUGUAUCAAUAUCAGGGAUUAUACAGGUUUGGAAAUUUCAUGUUUAUACUCUUGGGAGUUUGUUGCAUUUACUCUCUUUUUAACGUCAUAUCGAUUGUAAUCAAACAAGUUUUAAACUGGCUUUUAAAAAAGUUUAGGUGCAGAUGCUGUAAUAAGUGCCAUAAAUCCAACACCCGCCUGGGGCGACGCAAUGCCAUCACGCCUGGAGCUCGCUUCCGCAGGAACCCCCUGUCGGUGGAGACAGAUGGAAACUAUGACAGUGACACCGAAGGCAGGAGACUUUCUGGCGAGAUGAUCUCCAUGCGAGACCUCACGGCGUCAAAUAAAGUUUCUCUCGCCAUAUUGCAGAAGCAGUUAUCUGAAACAGCCAAUGGCUACCCAAGGACUGUGUGCAUCAACACCAGACAAAAUGGCUUCUCAGGAGGGGUCGGAGCCCUAGCCAUCAUGAACAAUAGGUUGGCAGAAACAAGUGAUUCUAGGUAUUCAAGCAGCAAGACCCCAUGCUUUGGACACCCCACCACACGAAACUGAAUGCAAUUUUCUUUUGUCAAUUUGAUUUGCUCACACUAAUGAUGUCACAAUAAAAAAAAAACCCUCUUGCAGCGAGUGGCGGAAGAGUAGAACAGGAAUGGUUAUUCUUCAGGUUCUCCGAAGACUGUUGGCAUGCUAAAGCACAAACUACACUCGUUUGCUUUUUAAUACCAAUGUAAUGCUGGUUUUUCUAUUUUAUUUUCUAAGUACUUGGAACAAAAGGGUGCGUCUAUAAACUACAACUGUUCCUAUUUUUUCCUAAGUGCAUCUUAUUUAUGGUUAUUUGAGAAAAAAAAAUUGUAAAUAUAUAAAUAUAUAUAUAAAUGUAUCAGAUUUCAAGUCCUAUGUAGUCUCCAGUUCACAAAGUGCUUGACGGAAUGAAUAUGCAACUAUGAGAAUGCAACCCCCCUGCCCCCUAAUUGAAACCAAUGCCUAUCAUUUUAUGCAUGAUUACAACAUAUUGCUGUAAAAGUGCUCUUUUUGAAUUAAAAUACAGGAUAAAUGAGAUUUGUUAA